AUGGCGGCAGUCGCUCAGCACGCUAUUCCUUUCUCCCGUCCCGCGACCCCAGGUCAUGUAGUCAACACAGUCGGGUUCUAUGGACUUGGGGCGAUGGGUUACUUCAUGGCGCGUAAUCUAGCCAACCGCCGCGCGUCGGAGGCAGGUUCUGCGCUGGUCGUUUAUAAUCGUUCUAUCGCGAAAUCCGAACAGCUGCUGAAAGAGCUCGGCGCCGAUAAGGUCAAAAUCGCCCAGUCAGCCGAGCAACUCGUCCUCGAGUGCGAUGUUGUUUUCACGAGCUUGGCUAGUGAUGCAGUGGUCAAGAGCGUAUACGAGGGCUUUGCAGCUGCUUUGAAGCAAAACAACCCGACGAAGAACAAGAUUCUUGUUGAGAUGAGUACCAUCUACCCGACGCUGGCUGGAGAGCUGGACACCCUACUCUCCAACAUUCCUCACACCCAUUUCGUCACAUGCCCAGUCUUUGGUCCCCCCAUAGCGGCCGAGACUGGGAAUCUUAUCUGCGUUCUCGCCGGAGAAUACCGAUCGAAGAAGGAGAUAGCUCACCUAUUGGUUCCUGGAGUUGGCAAGAAGGCUAUGGACCUAGGUGGAAACCUUGAGAAAGCGCCCACGUUCAAACUCAUCGGCAAUUCAAUGAUCCUGGGUACUCUGGAGAUUCUUGCAGAAGCGUUCACGCUCGCCGAUAAGGCGGGCAUCGGCUCCGCACAGGCAUACGAGUUGGUGAAAGACAUGUUUCCUGCACCUCCCUUCGUGAACUACGGGAAUAAGAUGGUGACCGACAAAUUCGAUGGUUUGACCGGCUUUGCAAUCGAUGGUGGUCUCAAGGACGCCAACCACAUUCGCCGAUUGGUCACUGACUUGAACUCGCCGAUGCCCGUAACCGAUGCUGCGCACGCACAUAUGCUGACCGCCCGUGCCAUUCAUGCAGAGCAAAAGCACAGUGGCGAAGCUGCUUUCGAAGUCCUGGACUGGAGCGCUCUUGUUGCUGGUGCGAGGGUGGCUGCCGGCUUGCCUCCAUUUGACAAUGCAGGACCUGCGAAGGUGGUCAAGGAAUAG